AUGAAAUCCUCCUUCGCUUUCUUCAUUCUCUUUUCUCUUUUUUCGUUUGCUAACGUUAUCAAUGCGAGAAAAGACACGGGGGAAUAUUGGAGAGCUGUCAUGAACGAUCAGCCCAUUCCAGAAGCAAUCCAAGGCCUUAUUCGCGCUGAUCCAACCGCAUUGCCAUCUGUCUCCAAUGAGAGAGCCGAUUGCCACACAACAGAGUCCAAUAAAAAGAAGAAUUUUGUCAAGUAUUUUGGCCCAGAGCCUACUAUUACGGUUUAUGAUAACGGUAUAAAACCAAAGAAAGAUAAGUCCUUCUCGGAAGAUUUUGACCCAAGGCCUAACGUCUCCAUUUACGUUGAUGGUGUUCUUAAGGUACAAAAAUCUGUAACUGAGGAUUUUGAGCCAAGGCCUAAUGUGUCCGUUUACCACGACGAUGCCACUCUUAAAGGAGAAAAAUCUUUUGCCGAGGACUUCGAACCCGGGCCUAACGUAUCAAUUUAUGAUAAUGGUGUCGGUCUUAAGGAAAAAAAUUGA